AGUGCGAAGCCACCAAUAAUCAAGACUUUUUAUGUGAUUCACAUUGUUCUCAUUGUAUAUAAAUAGUCAAACUCAGCACAUAGAUGAGCAAGCUCAAAAGUUCACCACUAACUCACUAUAUCCUAUCAAGAAGAAAAAACUAUCAUUCAGAGUUGAAGAUGAUGCUUAGUUCUUUUGUUGGGAAAAUAGAAAAGGGUGUUUCACACUUCGUUCACAAAAAUCCCCCACUGAGGUACUUGAAUGAAGCCACAACCACGAGUGUGGUGCCAGAUGAUGUUAGGGAAGGAUAUUUUGCUGUUCUUACAACAAAUGGUGGAGAAUCCAAAAGAUUCAUUGUUGGCUUACAUUACUUGAAUGAUCCUGCUUUCUUGGGACUGCUUGAUCAAGCUGAAGAAGAGUUUGGUCUCAGGCAAAAGGGAGCUCUUGCAAUCCCCUGUCAGUCUCAAGAAUUACAGAAGAUUCUAGAAUGUUGCAGAGUGUAAAGCAGAGAAGCAUCAAAGGUGCAUGCAGAAAGGGAUCACUCAUGACACAAAUACUAUAAUAAUAUUGAUGUUCCUAUCUCCCUAUGAUAGACAACAAUCAAGGGAGUUUUAAUUUUCUUGUUAUAACUAAUUAAGCCUCUUGUUACAGCUUGAAGAUGUAUAUGCAGAUGAUUCAAUAUAUUCUUUUAAGUUAAUUAACUGUUACCAGUACCACUUCUUGCAAUGAUGAAAACUUAAGCUGCAUUUA